GAGCAGAACACCGAAGCAGCAGAAGAAGGGGGAAAAAAAGAUGGCGGCACAUAACGCCACACAACAUCCGUCUGCCGAGACCCAAGAGUUAAUGCUUUAUCGACGACUAACCACCUAUUUACUGUCAUACAAUUUUAAUUAAGUAAAACGUCGAAGAGAAGGUUAAAAAACAGGCUUAUUUAUAUGUUUCUAGUGAUGUCCAAAAGACCGUCAGAAUGUGGUGUUUCGGCAGCUCGAUGCCGCCAUCCUGUGUCCCCUCACCGUAACGUAGCCUCUGAAGGAAAGUGAGGCUGAACUUUGCUCUAAAUAAUCCUACCAUGCGGAGGUUUUGUUUGAGUCGUGUUUUAUUUGACACAGAUUUAGUCGCAGGUGUUAGUUCUCGGAUUCUUUCACAUCUUCGACACAAAAGUAAAUACACGACAGCUCCCAGGUGAGUUCCCGUAAUAUUUCUUUCUUCUUCUGUGGUUUCGCCGGGAACACAAAGUUAACUCUGCUCGUCAGUGCAAAAGAGUCACUUCUGGGGUUCUACUUUAAACUUGUGUAUUUCCUUUUAUUAAUCAAACUUCAUCCCUCUAUUUCACCAUAUUUCACUUAUAAAAACAUGGACGUUUGUCUGAAAACUGAAGGCACCUACAGUUCAACGUGAGGCUCAUUUAUAAAGUGUUGUUGUAGUGCUGUUAUUGUCAUAAUAGUGCUCCAACUACUUCAGUUAUGGUUGGCACAAUAGCAAAUAAAGUGGCUCCCUUAUUCUUCGAGCUCGGGCUGCACAAUAAAUCUCAAACUUUCUAAUUUGCAAUGUAAACAUGGAAAAAAAAAACAGAAUUUAUUGCAACAAAUUAGGAUAUUAUUGACUGUUUUCUGUAUCAACAUGUACAUUCAAACUCUCAGACGAAGGCCUGGGUAGGAUAUACAUGAUUUUGCACCAGUAGAAUAUGUAAAAUAAGGGUUUAGCCGGCUGUCAGCUAACCACAGAUUAUUGGUGAUAAAUUAGGGAUGUCAAAAUUGCUUUUUGGUUUUAUUUUGGGUGCUGGAGAAAAAUGUUGCAACACAGGUAACAUAAAGCAGCAGAUAUUCAGUGGAGAUUGAGCUACUUCAAACCAAUAUGCUUUCUUAAAUGUUGUUUCCUAUUAUAUAUUGUACAAUAAGGAAUAAUAUAUCUGCACCUGGCUGUGUUUUUUUCAUGUUGUAUAAUAAUUAACGUUUACAUGUAUUUAAAGAACUGGGAGCAAACACAAAUAAAAAAGAGCAAUGGAAAAUAAAUGUAGAAAUAUUAGAUGCCCGUGAUAUAAAAAAGGAGCAUCACUGAUUUAUUCAGAAAUAUGACAAAUUACAGGCCAAGUAAAGUCCAAGUUAACACAGCUUUUGCUGUGUGCAGGAUACAAUCCACAGGAUGAUAGUGAGUUUAUAGUCUGGCAAUGAUUAACUCAGGUGUGUAGACUUUUUGGUGACUUUACAGCUUGUACACUGAGGUAGAAAUGGUGCAAAUCAAACGCUUAACCACUAAGUGGGACUUCUGAUUUGUGUCUAUUUAGGAGCCCCCUGUGGACCAAGAGUUACCUCCUCUCUAACUGUUCAGUGUACAGGAGACCACUUUUAACUCUUUAAAAGAAAAUAUCUUAUUGCGCUGUCACUCACUGUGAGUUUUUUUCUGUAGAACAUAUAAUCAAAGGCUGCUCUAUGGAGCUUUUAACCUAGCUAAACAAUUAAAAAUGCAAUUUGUGACAAAUCUGCACAUGCAUCUCACUGCAAACAUACAUCCACUAAUGCAUGAACCGAUCCACAAACGUGUAAAGAAAAAUCCGCCUUACAGAUUUGUUGUGUUAUUGCAGUAUGCAGAAGAAUCAGUGUUGUGUGAAGCUCUCGGUCCAGCCGUCCAGAGGACUCAUAGAUGAGAAGGUCACCGUCUUGGUCCAGAACACACUGCCUGGUUUCCAGGUGACCGUCCACGCCCUCCAUCACAGUGAGGAUGGACACGACUGGGAGGCGUUCGGACACUACACCGCCAACAACACGGGGACUGUGAAUGGUACAAUAGACUUAGAAAAUUCAGGAAAAUAACAGCAGAUAUAUUCAGGGACUGGUGGUAAGAUUGUGAAGAAAACAACAAUUUUCUAAUGUAUGAGAGAAUCAACAAAUUGAGAUCGUAAUUUUCAUCCCAGUUUCAGAGGAUCCCAGCCUGGGUGGGACGUACUCUGGAGUUGAACAGAUGGGUCUCCUGUGGAGCCUGCGAUCAGUUCCAGGCAGCAAACCUUGGCUCAGGUAAGCCCUAAAAAAAUAAAACAUUCAGAAAGUACAAAAACACUGAAUAUGAAGUCCGAAUCAGAGUCUAAUCUUUUCCUUCAGGAUGAGAAAGAUAAACGUCCAGACUCCCAUGGAGUUCAAAAUCUCAGUGUACCAGGGUCACCGAACUGAGGGCUUCACCGAUCAGGUGCCGCUGGCCGGUGUGGUGGUGGAGCGCUGGUACAUGGCUCCUGGAGUCCGCAGGGUACCGAUUACAGAGGACGGACUCACUGCAACCCUUUUCCUGCCCUCAGGUAAGAUCAGACAGAAGUCAAGAGGAUGACGUCCUCUAGGUAGAACUCAGAUGUGACCUACAAAUGGACCAACAAGUUUAGCGCCAGUCCUUUCAGCCUGUCAGAAAGCGUAAUCUUAAAGGUGCAGUGCGCAGUAUGAGGUCAUUAAGAGACAUCUAAUGGGGAGAUUGUUGAAUGGUUCUUCCCCAAUGACUCCUGUCACCGAGGUAACGGUGGCUGCCGAGGACCAAAAAUGAUCGAAAGGUAACAUGGAUAAUAACCCUUAUUUUUUGCUGUUGCCUGUUUAGAUCUUUUUUUGUUUAUUUGUUUUUGGAAGGUAAAUUCUGAUUUACUCGGAUUCAUGUUCCUGUUAGGCAUGAUUAGUCCGAUCCUUCAGGUUGUGUGUGGAUUACAGAGUGUGAGUGUACCCUGAGUUGAGCAGCAGGAAGUCUAAAGCAACAAAACCUCUCAGUUUAGCAUGAGACACAAGGAGCUUGUGCUAUAAUGACAAGGAUGAGCACCAUAGAUGGGGAUAGAUUGGACCAGUAUCUCACCAGGAUGACAAAGACGUAGACCUGCAGAAAAAUCAGGCGACAUGUCCCCCCUCGUGAAAAACGAGAACAGAGUCAGCAGUGAGGAGCCGGAAGGAGGACAAGAAAGGCAGGGCUCUUUGUUGAAGGUCCAUGUGGACUCACCCCGACUUCAGAACAGGUUGGACUGCUCCCAGCCCAACUUGAAGACAUCUGUAAAUCCCCAGGGAUGUUGUCCACGUGAACGAGGCUCUACAGAGUGAAUAUAUCACAUCGGGUAUCAUGUUCUGAUGUCUUUCUUCCUAUCUGAAGGACCGGGACCUUUCCCUGGUCUCAUCGACCUGUGGGGGGGUGGAGGGCAGCUGGUAGAGUACCGGGCAGCUCUUCUGGCCUCCCACGGCAUCGCCGCUCUGGCCCUUGACUACCUAACUCCUAAAGUCACCAUGGAAACUGGAAAGAUGGUGGAGAUGGAUUACUUUGAGGUGAGCGAACGAUUUAAUUUGUUUGAAUCAAAAAACAAUCAAGGAUUUCAAACCUGACAUUUCACGUCUGCGAUGAAGCUCAUCAACAAACACAUCAUAUUUAUCACACUUACCAGGCAUGCCAAAGGUCAUGUAGGUCUGACUACAGGAGAUACAAGGACGUUUGUCACCUGUUUUAAAGGUUCAUGCUUACUGACUCAGACAAGAGUUUGACCCAGUUACUCAGAUCACACCAGUGACAGCACCAGUAAUCAACCCUUCUUUCAUACAAUAAAGUCAUAACUUGAAGUAGGUCAACAGCCUGGCAGCAGCCACACUUCUGACUGACUGAAGGUGGGAGAGGUUUACGGCUCAUCUCACAUCUCAAGCAGUAUUUGUAGUUCUCUUUUAUGAUCAGUAGGUGGUAAAAUCUUGACUCACAUGUCCGUCUUGGAAAUGAAAAAAACCUGUAGGUCAGGAUUUUAGUGUGAGAAGUAUUUGGUCUGAAGUUUGUUUGUAGCUGUUUUGAUCAGUCUGGGUGUCAAGAGUGAAAGCAGGUAGAGCUCAAACACGACGUCCGUCUCCUCAUAGUGGUAACCACAGUUUCUUUAGAGGAGGCUGAUCAGGGUUUAGAUUCCUCUGACCACCAGAAACGCAUCAGGAAUGAUUGUGAUUGAUUGCAUCUUAACUAAUGCUGUGUUCGAGUUACUUUGGAAGUCAAAUGACGUCACACCUGAGUUACCAGCGUUUCAGUUACCAAAGCAAAAUCGGAGGCGGUAACAAGAUGGCUACAUCUACCAAAGUUAAUUUAGCGCUUACCUUGUCCUUGCUUAUAUUCGGACAAUGUAAGCGCUGAAAUAACUUUCGUAGAUGUAGCCAUCUUGAUUCCACCUCCGAUUUUGCUUUCUUCUGACUUCUGACGUAACUGGAAUGCAGCAAUAGGGCUGCCCAUCCAGUUGCUAUGGUAACUGUGAACACAGGAGUAGCACAGGAAGUUAUGUUCGGGUUUUUGCCAACUACUGAAUACAACAGAAAUGCCCAAGAAGGAAGCCAUUGUGAUCCCACCUGUAUCACCAAUGUUAAAAGUGUGUGUGUGUGUGUGUGUGUGUGUGUGUGUGUGUGUGUGUGUGUGUGUGUGUGUGUGUGUGUGUGUGUGUGUGUGUGUGUGUGUGUGGACUAAAGCAAAGCAUGUUUGCAAAAUAAACUCUGCCAAUUCUUCAUCCAUCCCAUCCCCUGAGAUGUUGCUCGUUUCUCCGUUUCUGGGAGGUCUCAGCCUCACCGUUAACAUCCAUCAAUACAUGACCUUCAGUGAACUUGUCUGCAUGUUCUCCUGUUUCAGAGGGCCUACAGACUCCUGGAGCAGCAUCCCCAGAUCCUUGGCAGCAGGAUCGCCAUGUUAGGCCUGUCGUUUGGCACCAGUAUGACCUUAAGAAUGGCUGUUUACUCUCAAGUUAUGAAGGUACGAGCCACUUUAAACGGCAUGGUGAAUAACUUCUUCACUUUCUCUCCAGGUUUUUGUUGCUCUCUGUAUUGUGUCUCAUCUUUGACCUUUCUUGACUUUAAAGACGACUUGUCAUGUUUUUGGUUGUUGUUGUUUCUCAGCUCAGGUGUGCGGUGUGUGUCAGCGGCAGUCACGUGCAGCCAAUUGAGGGAUCUGUGAAACAAAUAUUGGAGUACUUCAACGAGUAAGUCAAAAACGAUGCAGGUCUGAUGUCUGGUUUAAGCCCUGUGUCUCGAUCGCCGAUAUUUAAAACUUAUCGUCAGUUCAAGUUUCAGAAGGUAAAUAUUUCUCUAAUCCAAUCAGAAACGGCGGAAAAACUCGCUUUAAUGAGGAGAAUCAGGUCAUAUGGCGAGACCUGUUACUGCCCAUUCCUACCGACCCGGCGUUUAAAGUUGAAGUGAGUACCACACAUCAGGGUUUUGGUGCAUUUACUUCCAUGUUCCCAUCAGACUGUAUUUUGUAGUAGCAAACAAGAGCCACAAGAUGGCAGUAGCUACAUUUACGUUCGCAUUACUCACUGCCUAACAAAGUGGUCUGAAUCUGGAUUUAAGCACCAUAUCGAUUUUUAUAACUUGUUGGGGAAAUUAGAUUAGUCCAGAAACAGUGAUUAUGUGUCAAUGAUAAAUUAUAAUCACAUUUUCAUAAAAGAAAGACUGAUGCAGAUCUUUCAAAAAUGUCCUUGGAGUCCUUGAAAUUGAGGGAUUAACUAAAAACUUAUGUUUGAGAAUUUAUACUUUCCUAAAGUCUAAUAAGUUCUCAGAUAAAUGACUGGAGGCAAUGCGAAAACAUUCAAAGCGAUGGCGGGUGAUGAAAGCUGAGGUUGUUUUUCUCUGAGCAGGUGGGACGUCUGAAGUGUCCUCUGAUGCUGGUUGUCGGUGAGGAUGAUCAGAACUGGCCUGCGCCAGAGUCUGCAAAAGACGUAAGUUUUUAAUCAGGGACCUGAGCUCUGAACCCCGUUGAAACCCCGAAGAUUCUUUAUUUCUGUCUUUUGCUCUAACGGACGCGAAUCAGGGGAUCUUAACAUGCUCCAAAAAACACAGUACUUCCCAUAUGCAUCAAGCCUGGUGAUGCCCUCGAAAAAUACUCAACUGGAUCCAAGUUAUUUGCAAGACCCUCAAGACUCCCCUUGUUCGCAUCCUCUAAUACCAGCAAGAAGUCCAGGUAUUGAUUAAACAUCUGAUUUUAGCAGUUUACAGGGUGCAUAUUUGACCAAACUGACCCCAGAGUGGCUGUCUGAUCAACUCCUGUGGUGCUAUGUUUAUGUUUAUAUUUAUGUUUAUGUUUAUGUUUACAUAUAUGAAAGGAUGUGGAUAAAGCGGCUCAGCAAACUUUGAUAAUCUUGUCAUGUAGCAGGAAGUUACUCAUACUGCAUUCAGCCUGUUUGAUUUUUUAUAGAUAUGACCAAGAUCCAACUGCCCAUUUCUCCACAACAUUCAUAGCACCACCCAGUGGACAUACAUGUUACUAAAUUUAACACACAAAGUAUACCAGCCUCAAGUCUUGGACAGAUGCAUUUUUGUCAUAGUUAUCUGCCGCUCACUGGACACAGACGCAAAACUUCCUUUAACAGGCAGAAACCUCGAGUCGGACUGGACUGAUGUUAGACAGUGAUCUGUUGAGACUGAGCUGGGUUUAUAGAGGGGAGAGAGGAGAGACUGACAGAGGGAGAUUUCAAACAAACCAAAGAAAACCGUUAUUUCGCCAUCGUCCUUCGUGGGAUUGCAGUUGUUGUCAGCCACAAACAUAUAUUGAUGGUGUACAGCUCAGCUCUGCUCUCGUUCAUCAAUGAUCGUCGAGUAACACCCAGUAAGUGACCUCGCAUUUUCACAGAGACCAGCGUUAUCAUCCACUGUUGUUGAAAACAAGUCUAAAAUAACUUGCCGGUCGCUGUGAUGGUCAUGUCUCAAGGGUUUAUUUUGCCUCCAGCUAAGCCCCGCCCACCAAAAAACCUCUGACUGUUGAUUGACACUGAAAGGGUCUAGGCGUUUGUCUGUUUCAUACCUAGGUAGAGUCUUUUCUCUGCGUGUGCAAGGAUUAUAAAUCAAAGAAAAAUAACUUUUGUGAUAAGUUAAUAAAAAAGUAAAACUUCAGUCAAAAUGUGUGUUUAUCGCUUCACAAUUUUGCUCCAUGUUCUUGUUUAGAUAAAAGAGAUGAUGGAGCAGGCGGGAAACAGCCACCUGCUGACUGUCCUGUCAUACCCAAACACCGGUCACCUGAUUGAACCGCCGUACUCGCCUCACUUCCGAGCCAGCCUCUUCAAAACUGUGGACACGCAUCAGAAGAGUGGGUUAAAUCUCAGUCAGGUGUGUUGAGGUGGCACAGGUGACCGACAGGCUUUCAAUAACUCAGGAUGGUCUCUGUUGUCUUUGCAGUGGUGGUUCUUUGGGGCGGAGAAACGGUGGCGCAUUCUCGCGCUCAGGAGGACGCCUGGAGGAAGAUGUUGGUGUUUCUGAGAGAGAAUCUAUAUGGCAGCUCAAACCCAAGAGCAGCUUCAUUUUCCCAUCUUUAACAAAGGUGAUCACAAACUAUGAGUGUCCACAGAGUUAAAGGCUCUUCCACUGAUUGGAUGGACGAAGAUUUCCUGAUUGUGUCACUACAAGCAUUUUAUAUUUCUUUAAUAAUUGUUAUAAUCUCAAAAAGAAAUGAAAAGAAAAUUUUAAGGGUGAGCGCGUUUUAGCGACAGAAGCAUGGCGGAGUAAAAGAGCGAAGAGAGUAAAUAAACUUAAGUUUUACAAAAGAGCGACUGAUUUCCAGAUCCAGGUGGUAACAGUGAGAACAUGAGCAAGAGGACCAAUAUUCAGUGGACUGAUUGAUGAGCAGCCAGUCACGGUUGGAGUCCAAUUCUGACCAUCUGCGGAGAGUUGCAAUGAAGUAUUUACUGUAGAGAAGGUGACAGGAGGAUUUCUGGAGGUCAUGAAACGUCAUUUUUUUGACCUAAUAAUGAAUUAUUCAUGAAUACAAUCUGCAAAUAAUACUUGAAUUAAAUCUGGCUGAAGUUAAAGGACAAAAAAUCACAGUUAUAUUAUAUUUAACUUUUGCUAAAUGUCUGAAAAAUCUUUUUUUUUCUUCCAAGGAGUGUAAAUAAAAAGUGUCUGAUGACUUUUUGUUUUAA